CUACCUUUGCCCCUGCCAUUGCCCUGUGUUGCUGUCAGGUGUCAGAGCUCCUCCACCACAAUGCUCAGCAUCAGGGUAUUCCUCCAAAAACUCCUGAUUCUCCUGCACGUUUCUCUGUGUGUUGUCGUUGGCAAAACACUGAUGAUUCUGUUCCCCAGUGCCAUGAAAAGAUACAUCUUGAAACUGGGUGAAAAGAGCAGAAUGAAUGAGAAUCCAAAGUUCAGCUAUGAAAACUGGGGUCCGACGUUUUUCAGCUUCAAGUAUCUGCUCUUUGUGCUGAAGGUGAAGUGGAAGAGGCUGGAGGACGAAGCCUAUGAGGGACACCCUGCUCCCAACACACCGGUGGUGACACUCGACGGGGAAGUUCGUCACCUCCUUGAUUUCAUGCAAGACAACCGGCCUUUAAUCCUGAAUUUUGGAAGCUGCACCUGACCUUCAUUUAUGUUAAAAUUUCAUGAGUUCAACAAGCUCAUCCAAGAUUUCAGCUCCACAGCAGAUUUCCUCAUUAUCUACAUUGAAGAAGCUCAUGCCAUAGAUGGAUGGGCCUUUAAAAACAAUGUCAUUAUUAAAAAUCACAGAAGCCUUGAAGAUCGAAAAAUGGCAGCCCAAUUUCUUCAGACAAACAAUCCUUUAUGUCCAGUGGUUUUAGACACUAUGGAAAACCUGAGCAGUGCAAAGUACGCUGCGUUGCCAGAACGACUGUAUCUACUUCAAGGAGGAAAGGUUGUCUACAAGGGAGGACCGGGGCCUUGGAAUUAUCACCCCCAGGAAAUACGUGCCAUCCUGGAAAAACUGAGAUCAGAAAUGGAGAGGACUUCAGAGUAAAGGCUGUCUGGAUAAGAAAGCUCAAUGAGUAAGGUUUCAUAGACACAAGCAAAAGGGGAAAAAAAGAAUUUAAAAAUACCAAGAGACAACAAGAAAAAGAACUCUGCAUGUGCAUCCAGAGAGCAUCUGUGAAGUGGUUCAUUACGUGUUUGUCCAGAGGUUUUCAAGUCUCAUUGCUACAACCCCAACUACUGCACUGCAGUAUCUUACUGUGCUUACACCACAUGUGGUAAUGAAUAGUAGUUGGGUCCACUGAGCUGUCAGGACUUGGUAUCAUCAUUUAUAUUUGUAAAGAAUAUCAUGCAGGAUGAACUUGAGGGGUGG